UCGGCGGCGCUGGGCAUGGCCGUCGCGAGGGACCUCCUCGGCCGCAAGAACCACGUCAUCUCUGUCAUCGGCGACGGCGCCAUGACCGCCGGUCAAGCGUACGAGGCCAUGAACAACUCCGGCUUCCUCGACGCCAACAUGAUCGUGGUGCUCAACGACAACAAGCAGGUGUCGCUGCCGACCGCCACGCUCGACGGCCCGUCCAAGCCCGUCGGCGCGCUCAGCCGCGCGCUCACCAAGCUCCAGUCCAGCACCAAGUUCCGCCGCCUCCGGGAGGCGGCCAAGUCGGUGACGAAGCAGAUCGGAGGGCCGACGCACGAGGUCGCCGCCAAGGUGGAUGAGUACGCGCGCGGCAUGAUCAGCGCGUGGGGCUCGUCGCUGUUCGAGGAGCUCGGGCUCUACUACAUCGGCCCCGUGGACGGGCACAGCGUGGAGGAUCUCGUCACCAUCUUCGAGAAGGUGAAGGCGAUGCCGGCGCCGGGGCCCGUGCUGAUCCACAUCGUGACGGAGAAAGGCAAGGGUUACCUGCCGGCGGAGGCGGCGGCGGACCGGAUGCACGGCGUCGUCAAGUUCGAGCCGUCGACGGGGAAGCAGCUCAAGUCCAAGUCCUCGACGCUGUCGUACACGCAGUACUUCGCCGAGUCACUGAUGGGCGGUGACAAGGUGGUGGCGAUCCACGCGGCGAUGGGCGGCGGCACGGGGCUCAACUACUUCCAGAAGAGGUUCCCGGAGCGGUGCUUCGACGUGGGCAUCACGGAGCAGCACGCCGUCACGUUCGCCGCAGGGCUCGCCGCGGAAGGGCUGAAGCCCUUCUGCGCCAUCUACUCAUCGUUCCUACAGCGAGGGUACGACCAGGUGGUGCACGACGUCGACCUGCAGCGGCUCCCCGUGCGGUUCGCGCUGGACCACGCGGGGCUCGUCGGCGCCGACGGCCCCACGCACUGCGGCGCCUUCGACGUGACGUACAUGGCGUGCCUGCCGAACAUGGUGGUGAUGGCGCCGGCCGACGAGGCGGAGCUGAUGCACAUGGUGGCCACGGCGGCCGCCAUCGACGACAGGCCGAGCUGCUUCCGGUUCCCGCGCGGGAACGGCGUCGGCGCCGUCCUGCCGGCGGGGAACAAGGGGACGCCGCUGGAGGUGGGAAGGGGAAGGGUUCUCGUCGGCGGCAAUCGGGUGGCGCUGCUCGGGUAUGGUACCAUGGUGCAGGCGUGCCUCAAGGCCGCCGAGGCGCUCAAGGAGCACGACGUGUACGUGACCGUGGCCGACGCCCGGUUCUGCAAGCCGCUCGACACGGGGCUCAUCCGGGAGCUCGCCGCCGAGCACGAGGUGCUCAUCACCGCCGAGGAAGGGUCCAUUGGUGGCUUCGGCUCCCACGUCGGACACUACCUCAGCCUGACAGGCCUCCUGGACGGGCCACUCAAACUGAGAUCCAUGUUCUUGCCGGACAGGUACAUCGACCAUGGCGCGCCGCAGGACCAGAUGGAGGAGGCAGGGCUGACGCCGCGGCACAUCGCCGCCACCGUGCUGUCCCUGCUGGGGAGGCCAUUGGAGGCCAUGCAGCUCAAGUGAUGAACGACGACUAUCUUGGGUACAAGUACAAUACAAUAUUGCAAGAGAGAUGAGAUGAAGCCAAGGCCAUGUGUGUGUGUACGUGAUCCGAUCCUUGGGCCUAGCUUUUGGCAUGUCGUAGCAAAUGCGUCCAAACGCAAGAGGAUGAAGGGUGGCACAAUGCAAUGAGGGACAUGUCCUUGCUUGAUUCCUCAAGCAUCUGCAGGUGGAUGCCAGUGACGUAGGCAUACAUGAUCCCAUAUGUCAUCAGGCUGAACUUGCUAUAGUUUCUUUUUUUGGUAUGUAUAGCUAGGAUGCAUGAGACAAUUUGCAUAGAAAUAAUAACAAAUUAAAGAACCA